AUGACUCAAGCUUGGAGCUCUGAAUUAGACCGUGCUUGUCAAACUUUGUGUAGGCAAAAUCCAGUCUUAAGAGGUAACCCUUACUGCGCCAUAAUGGAACAUCAACGUGUUCUGUGUAUAACCUCCGCAUCUCAUGAACAUAGUAGUGCCAGCUCUGGAACUACACGUCAUAACGAAAGAAGCUCCUACGGGACUGCUUCCUUGGAAACUGGUCAUGGUUCAACUGAAUAUCUGGAGCACUCUGCCUUUCCGCCAGUGUCCACAAUACUAUCGGAUAUUUCUAACGAUAUUCCCGAUGUUUGCAUGCAUGAGGGAUACAAUGAUGAUAGCGCGCUGUCCGCAUGCUCAUCUACCAGCCAUAUUGAAGACCUUCCCUCGCCAUCGUCUAUUGAUAUGCUUACGCAUCUCUCCGUCAACUCGCCGGCCGUUGAACAUGCUCAAUCACUCUGCAAAGCUGAGAUUUUGACACAACACCGAGAAAAUCUCUGUACACCCAAUGAUUUCGAUCUUCUUCCGUGUACUUUGCGAAGGCUAUCACGGGCUUGCCACAGUCAUACAGCUUACGACGAGACGUUCCUGCAACUCAUACGAUACUUCAUGCUACAGCUUUGCUCUCCAAUUACUCCAAGUUGCAUAUCGUAUCACGAACCAGUUCUCUCUUGUGUGACUGAGGCUGGAGAAUUUACGCCCUCUCAACAGAAUAUGGCAAUCAGCAUCGACAUCAGUGAGAAGAAUAGCUGUUCAGAGUCUGAAUACUCGUGUCUCGACGUUUUCAAACUAUCAAAUGAGUUUCCAGAUGGUACAAGGCGGCGAUAUGAAGCAAACUCUCAUCUUACGGACCUUGGAAAGUGGGGUCCGAUCAAAAAAUCCUUUCACACAGCUGUGGAGCCAAGGUACUAUGAGUGUCCGCUCAUGGACAAGAAAGAGCCUCCAAGUCUAUGCGCAAAGAGAUUUCGACGUUCGGGACACCUUCGACGCCACAUCACGACUGUACAUGUUACUGAGAAUUUUCAUUGCUGCAAAGUGUGUCCCAGGUCUUUCUCUAGGCGCGAUAAUCUUCGGGAGCAUUACUGGACACACUUAAAAAGAGAUGGAAGUGUGGGAAGAAAUACUAAGAUGAGCCUCCUUGAGUUAAGUGUCAUCCUGGGUCCGAAGGAAACGCAGCUUGUAAAGCGUCUCCAGGCGAGACUCGAAAGCGUGAGGGCGAAUGAAACCAAAGCCAAGUUGUUUAGUAAUUGA